CGCCGCUUCCCGCCGCCUCCCGCCGCUCCGUUCCCGCCAUGGCGCAGUUCGAGCCGGCGGCGCUGCCCGAGCUGCUCCCGGUCUUCUACCGGCGGCUCUUCCCGCACGGCCCCUACGGCCGCUGGCUCAGCUACGGCGGCGCGAAGAAUUACUUCCAGCUGCGGGAAUUCUCCUUCACGCUGCGGGACGAUGUCUACCUGCGCUUCCAGUCCUUCAGCAGCCCGCAGGAGCUGGAGCGGGAGCUGCAGAAGAUCAACCCCUACAAAAUCGACAUCGGGGCUGUCUACUCCCACCGGCCCAACCAGCACAACACGGUGCACCUGGGAGCCUUCCAGCCGCAGGAGAAGGAGCUGGUGUUCGACAUUGACAUGACGGAUUACGACGAUGUCCGGACGUGCUGCAGCUCGGCCGAUAUCUGCUCCAAGUGCUGGACGCUGAUGACCAUCGCCGUGCGCAUCAUCGACCGCGCGCUCGUGGGUGAGGGGCUUGGGGACACACGGGGACCCCGGCUGGGCGUGUGGAGACCCCACAGCGGUGCCCAGACCCCCAAAGAAUUCACAGUUUGGAAGAGAGCUUUAAGGUCAUUGAGUCUAACCCACCUGAGCCUGGUGAAGGGCGGAGCAGACACGGUGAAGAAGGUGAACCUCUCCCACCCCGUGCACCCCUUCAUCAGGCGCUCGGUGGCCGUGGUGCAGAAAUAUUUCGAGGAGCACGCGCUGAGGGGCCAGGACAUCCUGGGCAGCCCCGAGAGGUGGGACAAGGUGCUGGCCCUGCUCCCAGAGGGUAUCCUUCCUGCCUGGGGGGCCCCCAACUCUUUAAAACACGUGCCCCUUUGCCCAUCUCCAAGUCCACCUCCCCUGAACCCCCCCUGUGUCCCAGGGCGCAUUUCAGUCCCGCUGGACCUGCAGAAGCUCGAGCAGUUUGAUCCGUUCUCAGUGCCCACCAUCACGUACGUCAGCUGGGAGCUCGGGGGGUCCUGGUGCUGCCAGAGCCCCCCAGCACAUGUUGGGGUUUUGGGGUCCCAGCAGCCGCUCCCCACACCCCCAGACUACCGCAGGACGAGCCUGGCCCCGUACGUGCGGCUGCUGGAGCAGUUUGUGGAGGGCAUGGAGAGCGCCCGGCGGGGAGAGCGCAUCCGCCGCAGCGAUCUCCAAGGAGAUUUCUGAGCCCUUGGCACUGCCAGUGUCUCCUGUGCUGUCACUGUCACCUCCCCUGGCCCUGGGGGGUCCCAUGGGGCAGCCAAACCCCUCGGGCCCCCCGUUUUUGUACCUUUUGUACUGUUUUCUACACAAAAACCAUUAAAUGUUUCUGCUCA